AUGCUUCUUUUGACACUUUUGCUGUUUGCACUCAAUGCACAUGGUCUCUACAUCAUGUCAAGCGAUUUAACAGUAGAAUUCCACGCAUCACUUGUUGAUAGGUGUUACAAAGGCAGACAACACUACUACAAGUACACACUCUCUCGUGACUGGAAGACUGCACACAAACACACAGGCGACUCAUGCACAACACUCACACACGACACUACAUUGACAUCUGGCUUCAUUGUGAGAGAAAGAUUGCCAGUGUUCUCAACAUCAAAGACUUAUUACUACAACAGUGACAGAUGUCUUGCCGAACAUCUUGC